AUUUUAUAUACAACUUUGCCAUCUUCAACAGCCCCGUGUGGGUCCAUCGUCGACGCCUUCGCCUUCGCCGUCCACAAUUACCGAAUCACAGGCAACCUAACAAAAAAAUCACACAAAACUCCGAUCGACGACGACAACGCCGGUGGACAGCGACGGCGGGGCUUUACCUUCAUCCUAUAGAUCCACAAAUCAAAGCCUCCUCGGCGUCAAUUGGAAGAAAUCAAGUCUAGAUUCUAGAAGCUUCCGGUAAAUUAUCAAAUCUCCGUCCGUUUGGUUAUCUAUCUCUCAAUUAUCUCAUCAGAUGAACGAAGUGCUUACAGCUUCCGAUGCAUCUUCAAGUGCGCGGUCGUAUGCGUCGUCGAUUUCACCUGUCAAUGUUCCCCUCUUUUCUGCUUUACUUGCCUGUGCUAUUGCACAAUUCCUCAAGCUGUUCACCACCUGGUACAAGGAGAAGAGAUGGGAUUCAAAAAGGAUGCUUAGCUCAGGUGGAAUGCCAUCAUCACAUUCAGCAACAGUUACUUCACUGAUAAUGGCAAUUUAUUUACAGGAAGGAGCUGGAGGAUCUGUCUUCGCGAUUGCUGUGGUUUUGGCAUGUGUUGUAAUGUAUGAUGCUACCGGUGUUAGGCUUCAUGCUGGGCGCCAAGCUGAAUUGUUGAACCAGAUAGUGUGUGAAUUGCCUCCCGAGCAUCCUGUUGCCAAUGUUAGACCUCUGCGAGAUUCGCUUGGUCACACUCCCCUUCAGGUUCUUGCCGGUGCAGUGCUGGGAUGUGUAGUGCCAUUUCUGCUGAGAAGCUCAAUCUAGAGUUCAACUUUAUCAUCUCCCUUCAAAUACUCAGUAAAUAUCGACAAGGUUCCAAGCUAUUAAAGCUGGAAUCAACAUCACUACCAAGGGAGAGUCCAUGCGAAUUCAUCCUUUCUUCACUUGUUGGUGGGGUGGGAGUGGGGGGUAGUGUGUAUUGUUCGUGAUUGUGACAACUCAAUCACCUGUACUUUUUUAGUUUAUUAUCUAACUUUCAAGCCAUUUAUUUAUAAUUGUUGAAUACUAGCUUGGUUAUUAUAUGCAUCAAUCUUCAAAAUGAAUGAGAAUCUGAGACGAAAACAACUUUACUGUUGAUACA